UUUUAAAAGAAAAAAAAAAGUUCUAAUCUCUUCUAGCAGGACUCGAUUUUUUUUUAAACAAUUUUGAAGACGUAUUAGGUGAUUCACAAGGCUCCCUCUACUCACACACUUCAAGCAGAAUACGUGGAAUUAGUACGCGAGUGCAGCGUGGGAGAACAAUUAAAAGCGAGAUUAGCGAAUGUCACCUGGUUGGUUCACUCGGCAAGUUUCGAUCAUCGAGGAGAAAAGAAGGGAGUUCGAUCAUGGUUUGAUUUAACGUUUAAUUCAAAGAACUAACACGAGAACGAUCUGGUGUGAUGGAGUGGCGAGAACAGUCAACUGUGAGCUGCCAGGACGCGUACGUGGAAGCUCAGAGGUGGAUCGAAGCAGUCACCAAGAAAACAUUCAAAGGCAAAGACUUCCGAUCAGCUUUGGAAAACGGAGUUCUGCUGUGUGAUUUGAUCAAUAAGAUCAGGCCUGGCAUCAUCAAGAGGGUCAACAGGCUGCCUACACCUAUCGCUGGUCUGGACAAUAUUAACGUCUUCCUCAAAGCCUGCCUCAAGCUCGGGCUCAAGGAGGCGCAGCUCUUUCACCCCGGAGACCUCCAGGAUUUGUCUUCGAGAGUUACAGUCAAUGACGAAGAGACCGACCGGAGACUCAAAAAUGUGUUGAUCACACUUUACUGGCUUAGCAGAAGAGCUCAAGGCGAACAUUCCUAUGAUGGACCUUACCUGAAUUUCAAAGCUUUCGAGGGAUUACUGGGCACAGCGCUUCAUAAGGCUCUCCAAGAACUGUCUGGUCAGAAAGGCAAGAGCAUCCAAGACAGCGGUUUGGGAGAUAGCUGGUAUUCCGAGCGAGAGGAGCUUCAUGACUUAAGAGGACAAAGAGGUGGACACAGGAGAGACGACUCCUUGGACAGUUUGGACUCCCUGAGCUCCCAACCGCUUAGCAUUUCAUCGGACGUCACGCUCAAAGGCAGCAGCGAGGGUUGUUGCAGUGACGCAGAGGCUGACGCGGCCUUCAAAAUGGCUCACAACAAGGAGUCUCUGAGUUACCGACGCUCUGUCACCCUCACGCCGAAGGUCACCACCCAGUUCAACCAGUUCCUGCCUUCCAAAGACAAGACGAAUGCAUACGUGCCCGCUCCGCUAAGGAAGAAACGGGCCGAGCGUAACGACGACAACCGACGAAGCUGGGCCAACCCAUCCUACGAGGAGGAGGACAUCCCGAUCGUCAGACAACGGCAAGCCUCAGAGAGUUUCGACGGGAGCAAAUCAACAAGCGACAUCACAGAUGAACCUACGUUGGUCAGACGUCGGUCUCAGUAUGAAGCCCUUGAGAAAUACCGCGAGCAGGUCAAGCAGAGCGACGAUAAGUGGCAGGAUGACCUGAGCAAAUGGAAAAACCGACGCAAAAGCGUCAACUCUGACAUUGUUAAAAAGAAAGAAGAGCGGGAGGAGAUCGAGAAGAUCACAAACACCGGCAGCACCAGAAGGUCCAAGACCUACCAGGAGAUGCAAGAAGACAGGGAGUUCAGGCGAAGCAACAGCAUCGGCAGUCGCAUUGGGUCUCUCAGCUUUGACAAUGACAGCGACGUAUUCGAAAAACCAAAACCCCGUUCCCGCGACAGCCUGAGCAGGAGCUACACCGUUGACACUUUUUAUCACUCCUCCGGCUCAUCUGAGGCUGCUGGGAAAGUGGAUAACCCUCCAGAUGCACCGCUCACAUCCACAAAGCAAAAAACCCAUGCUCCUGGCGACACCAACACCAGAACGCAACCUGCCGAAUCCACAUUCUCUCUCAGGAGUUCUUUCUUGGAAAGCACUGCCAAAACGGAAAAGAUCUCACCAACUCUGAGAACCUCACAAAAAGUUCCCGAACCAAAUAGCCCGGCCAAGGCGCAGCCCCCAUCCUCAGCGUCAAUGUACAGACCGACCCCGCCCAUCAAGACGGAAGCCAGCGCUGCGGCGGUUUCUCGGAUAUCUGCCUCCCUUCCUAGGAGUUACCAAAGAUCGGAUAGUGCCAGACUCUCGUCAGUAGUCACACCGAGACCUUUUGGGACCCAGCCGUCCCACGUGGGCUCACUUACCCGGACUGUCACAUCUAUGGACUCCAGUAGUCGCAUCAACGGCAACACAGAUUUUUCCAAGAACCCACUAGUGCCGAGCCGCUACCAUCAGUUCAUGACCCCCGAAGAUGAGGCCCAGUCUCAGUCCAGCCCCGCCAACAGCAGUGAAGAUGACGAUGAGCAAGAGGAGACCGAGGGGAAGAGUCUAACGUCCACAUCGAGCAUCUCAUCAGUUCAAGUGAAGAAGGAAUUUCCAGUCAAAGAACCCGGCAAGGAAAGUUCCUGUGAGAUGCGGAUCAGCCUCAACCAGAAGCCCAACAGCGGUCGAGAUUUUGGCUUUGAUGUGGCGUGGGACUCAAGCGGUGCUCACGUUAAAUCCAUCCAACCAGGGAGCCCAGCUGAGAUGUUCCAAUUGCAGACAGGGGAUGAGGUGCUGACGGUCAACGGCCAGCGGGUGACGGAUAUGCGCUACCUGGACUGGAAGGACAGCUUGGAUCGGGCUCUACAGGAAGGCAGCUUAGUGAUGGACAUCAGGCGUCAUGGCAAGAGCAACUGGGACAGAGAUCCGUCUUCCCCACCAUAUAAGGGCCAUAAGACCAUCAAUCUGACCAGUACGGCUCAUCCCAUACUUGUAGGUUUCCCCGAUACCAGCGCCACCAACACACUUGAUUUCACCUCUAUCGCAGACGAUCCCGCCAAGGGUGCCACCCGCUCAAUUGUGGAUGUGGCUUCCAACGGCGUCGAUGGUGGUUUCCCCAAAGUGUCUAUGACCACAAAAGAAUCAGAGCCCAUUUCUAUGAUAAACUUAAAACGGAGGUCAGAGUUUUUUGAGAAAGGUGGAACAGAUUCGACAUUGCCAGAUAUACCCGUUCCACCAAUCACCGCAUCUUCGACACGCUGGGCUUGGGAUCCAGAAGAGGAACGGAAGAGACAGGAGAAGUGGCAGAAGGAGCAGGAGCGCCAAUUACAGGAGAAAUAUAAACGUGACCAAGAGAAACUGCAGGAGGAGUGGACAAAGGCCCAACAGGAGAUCUCAAGCAGUGUUGAGCCCGUUGGCCCAACCCUUGCCUACCGGGAGCUGGAGCAAGAGCGAGAAAGGUUAGAGGAAGAGAGGAGAAUAAGGGAGGAGAAAGAGGAGCAAGAGCGCAUGAAGCUGGAGUUGGAAAGAAAGUUGAGAGAGGAGGAAUUUGAGCGCCAUAGGCAAGAGAUGAGGAGGCGGGAGGAGGAGCUCGAGCGGGAGAGACAGGAAGUCGAGAGGAAGAGGAGGGAGCAGGAGCAAGAACUGGAGCGCCAGAGGGAGGAGAUGAGGAGGAGGGAGGAGGAGCUGGAGCGCCAAAGGCAGCAGGAGGAGGAGAGAAAAAAGAGGGAGGCGGAGUUGGAACGCCUGAAAAUGGAGGAGGAGGAGAAGAGGAGGAGGGAGGCAGAGGAGGAAGAAGAGAGGAGGAGGAGAAGGGAGAAGGAGGAAGAAGAGAGGAGGCAAAGGGAGGAGGAAGAGCUGCUCUGGCAGAGGAGGAGAGAGGCUGAGAAGGAGGAGCUGAGGAGAAGAAUGGUGGCCGUGGAGGAACAACAGCGGCGAGAGAGGGAGCGCGCCGUCGAUGAGCAACGGGCAAAGACACUUGAGGACGAAGAAAGACUUCAGAGCAGAGUGACGAGCAGCGAUGUGGUCGACGCGGCGGCUCAGCAGCCGAUAUCGCAAGCGGAACUUCAACGUCAGCAGCUCCUGAGUGACAUGAAGAAAAAGAACAACUUGCUGACGGACAAUAGCUGGAUCCGCCGAGGUGCCGCCAACACCCCCGGCCGCGAGGAACCGCCGUCAACACGCAGGGGUGGCUCCUUUGAACAUCUGGAUAACCCCUCCAACUCCUGGCGUUCGUCGUGGACGCCCAAGAGUGACUCCUUUUUUCCUAACUACUCCCGGCCUCACUCUGCCCUCUCUGGGAGCGCUUCCUUUUACGGGGGCGGGGCAACGGGGGCAAGGUCCGGGUCGAGCACCUUGCCCGCCUCUUUCCGGGGCCCGGCAGCGGGAACGACGCCUUGGUCUCGACAGUCGUUAUCUCCUUCUCCUUCUUCUAUCUCUCCUACCAUCUCUCCAGAACCGGGUUCUGAUGCAGGUGGUCAGCAGCAGCACAGCAGGUCGGUGAGUGGUAAGAAAGUGUGUACGUUUUGUGACACGGCGCUGGGGAAGGGAGCGGCCAUGAUCAUCGAGUCCCUCGGGCUCUGUUAUCAUUUAACCUGUUUCAAGUGCAUCGACUGCAAGUCGGCCCUCGGGGGAUCAGAAGCCGGUGCUGAGGUCCGAAUCCGAAACAAACAGCUCUACUGUAACACCUGCUAUAAGCGAUUCAAAGAUGGCCAGCCCACCACGAUGUAGCUUUAGCAGCAGCUGUACGAAGAAACCACGAGCGACAACAAUCCGUGACGCCUUCAACUUCAGCAUCUUGAUUCCAGAGAUUUUAAUAUCAUUCUUGCUGUUUAUGUUUCUUUUUAAGUGGGUAAGACUGGUGUGCUGUUUAUGCGUAUGUGUGAAGUAUUACAGCUGAAAAAAAAAAAAGGGGUGCUUUCUUCUGCAUACAGCAUUUGGGAAAACCUCAAAUCUCAAGAUAAGUAUAUUUUUUCAUAAAUGUAGUAUGACUCUUGGAGGAGAAACACUUCUUGCUCUAUAGCUCUAUAUCUUUCAAUCACUUUUAUUUUUCUUUUUUUUUAAUGACUAAUAAGGCUUUUCCUUCCUGGUGGUGUUCAGUGUUCAUCCGCCUACUGUGUGCCUUUAUGUCUGCAAAACAGGGAGAGGUAAUUAACUAUUAUCAGCAUCCAGAGUGUAUUUAAUGAAAGCGAUUAUUAGCCAGGUUGUGAAGAAUUAAUGAUACGCGAUGAUGACACAGAUUUGUAAAUAAAGGUUUUAAACGCUAAUCUCGGAAUUGUAUAAUUGUGGCGUGUUAUUGCAGGUGUCUGGGUGGAAUUUCAAUGAGGCAAUUUGUCACCAAGCGCCAUUCCGUGACACUCUUGAUAAGCCAUCUCCGCGAAUCAUAAUAAUCCCGUCAGCGCCGCUGUUACGUGACACGCAAUUUGCGGUGAGCGUUUAUUGAAUAUUCAUAACCCCGACGCGCUGGCUUCCGCUGCAGAAAAGGUAGGAAAUUGUCCUUGUCGUGCAGUAAUUGAGGAGAAGACUGGAAUCAAAAUGAGUCCUGACAAGGUGAGUAGGUGCCCAAGGCGAAAUUGUAGCUAGGAAUCCCACCCCCACCAUCUAAAAUGAAGAUACAUAUAUUCUGAAAUGUUGUGUAUUUUGUAAAUACAGGUAGUCCCUGGGUUACGACUAGUGCUGCAAGGAUUAAUCGAUAAACUCGAGUAAUUCAAUUACAAAAAAGCUUCAAAUCAAAUUUUACUUCUUUGAAGAUUCGUUUAAUUAGAUUUUGUUGUAAUGGUAUGUUUUGAAAGUGUUGCAUUAAGUUUUAUUGUUUUGGAUGGAUACGACGCCUUCUAGUGGCAACAGUAAAUAUGCCAUAACUCGUCUAACAUGGCUGAAUCUAGCUGCUCCCUGUUAAGACCAACAUGAGGUAUGUUUUUUUUUAGCUCAUAUGUUCGUUCAUGCAUUGGUCAUUUAGUUUAGAAGAAUAUUUAGGGUUCUUUUGUGGGAAUAUUUAGAAUAAAUAGAGUACAAAGUUCAUGUUCUGUGUGAAUUGUUUCUUCUGUUGCUGUUCCAGUUGUUUCAUUCAUUAUACCUUUUAGUUAUUAUGUUAUCAUUUUAAUUUACAGUGGGGCAAGUAAGUAUUUCGUCAACCACCAAUUGUGCAAGUUCUCCUACUUGAAAAGAUUAGAGAGGCCUGUAAUUGUCAACAUGGGUAAACCUCAACCAUGAGAGACAGAAAAUCACAUUGCUUGAUUUUUAAAGAAUUUAUUUCCAAAUUAGAGUGGAAAAUAAGUAUUUGGUCACCUACAAACGAGCAAGAUUUCUGGCUGUCAAAGAGGGUCUAACUUCUUCUAACGAGGCUCCACUCGUUACCUGUAUUUAUUUCACCUGUUUUAACUCAUUAUCAGUAUAAAAGACAUCUGUCCACAAGCUCAGUCAGUCACACUCUAAACUCCACUAUGGCCAAGACCAAACAGCUGUCGAAGGACACCAGUGACAAAAUUGUAGACCUGCACCAGGCUGGGAAGACUGAAUCUGCAAUAGGUAAAACGCUCAGUGUAAAGAAAUCAACCGUGGGAGCAAUUAUUAGAAAAUGGAAGACAUACAAGACCACUGAUAAUCUCCCUCGAUCUGGGGCUCCAUGCAAGAUUUCACCCCGUGGCGUCAAAAUGAUAACAAGAACGGUGAGCAAAAAUCCCGGAACCACACCUAGUGAAUGACCUACAGAGAGCUGGGACCACAGUAACAAAGGCUACUAUCAGUAACACAAUGCGCCGCCAGGGACUCCAAUCCUGCACUUCCAGACGUGUCCCCCUGCUGAAGAAAGUACACGUCCAGGCCCGUCUGCGGUUCGCUAGAGAGCAUUUGGAUGAUCCAGAAGAGGACUGGGAGAAUGUGUUAUGGUCACAUGAAACCAAAAUAGAACUUUUUGGUAGAAACACGGGUUCUCGGGUUUGGAGGAGAAAGAAUACUGAAUUGCAUCCGAAGAACACCAUACCCACUGUGAAGCAUGGGGUGGAAACAUCAUGCUUUGAGGCUGGUUUUCUGCAAAGGGACCAGGACGACUGAUCUGUGUAAAGAAAAGAAUGAAUGGGGCCAUGUAUCGGGAGAUUUUGAGUGAAAAUCUCCUUCCAUCACUAAGGGCAUUGAAGACAAGACGUGGCUGGGUCUUUCAGCAUGACAAUGAUCCCAAACACACAGCCAGGGCAACAUAGGAGUGGCUUCGUAAGAAGCAUUUUAAGGUCCUGUAGUGGCCUAGCCAGUCUCCAGAUCUCAACCCCAUAGAAAAUCUGUGGAAGGAGUUGAAAGUCCGUGUUGCCCAACGACGGCCCCAAAACAUCACUGCUCUAGAGGAGAUCUGCAUGGAGGAAUGGGCCAAAAUACCGGCAACAGUGUGUGAAAAGCUUGUGAAGAGUUACAGAAAACGUUUGGCCUCCGUUAUUGCCAACAAAGGGUACAUAACAAAGUAUUGAGAUGAACUUUUGGUAUUGACCAAAUACUUAUUUUCCACCAUGAUUUGCAAGUAAAUUCUUUAAAAAUCAAACAAUGUGAUUUUCUGUUGUUUUUUUUUAUCCACAUUCUGUCUCUCGUGGUUGAGGUUUACCCAUGUUGAGAAUUACAGGCCUCUCUGAUAUUUUUAAGUGGGAGAACUUGCACAAUUAGUGGCUGACUAAAUACUUAUUUGCUCCACAUCUGAAACCGUAAGUUUGAAUGACCUUCGAUUUAAUCACCAGCUAUUGUCACUGUUUAAGGAGUGAAUCUGUUUACAUAUUUUAGGCACAAACUGUUCCUCCCUACCCCAUGAGUGCCAUAAAAUAGCAGGUGACUAAUCCGAUCUAGGUUUCAAACCACAUUUUAAAUGUGUAGACCAGGGUUGUUUUCGACAACGAUGAUGAUAACAAAAAUAUUUCAUCGACGAACAAUUUUUUCGUGACAAUGAUGAGCUAAAAACGCGUCUUGGGAUAUUGAAACAUAACGAGACGAGAACAUGAUGAAAAUUUCCCAUAGCUUCCAUCAUAAGUUCACAAUAUGUGACAUUUUCUUUUCGUAUGUGUAGUUAGCACGCAUCAUAGCAGUGUUUGCUCAUGUCACUUGUGUGACGUGCUGCCACCACCACUGCCACCCUCCCCGCCUCACAUACAUGCUACCUGUGUCCUCAGUCUCCAGAGUUGCCUUUAGUGAAAUACGUGUCAAGUGCUGCUUGGUAAGUUUUGUUUUCUCUAUCUUGGCUAGAUAUACCAUAUUGCUUUAGGCUUUUCAAAGUCACUAAAUGUAACUUGUAGCGUUAGCAUAGCGUUCACGUUAGCAAUUAUUGUCGUGAGUGUCAUGUUGGAAAACCUGAGAAAAUUCAUAUAUAUAGCGAGAGGCUUCCAGGUGAGUUUAAUUCAUUGAAAAUAAUAGCCUGUUUUCCUGCUAAGUGUCUUUGUAGACUCUUCAAAUAUUUGCUCGUCUGUCAAUGUCCAUUCCAAAUUGUUGGAAACCUUUACUUAUUUAUUCAUGGACUAAAACUUUUCAAAUUUACAGACGAAAAUAUUUUGAGUAUUUGUCAACUAAAAUUUACGGUGGGUAGAAAAAAAUUUGUUUUCAUGGUUAAUCUGUACCACCAGAUUAGUAAUCUGUACCCACAGUUUUGUAAACUACCCAGAGUUUAGUAAUACUAAACUGUGGGUGCAGAUUAUUAAACUGUGGGUACAGUUCAGUAAUAUGUACCCACAAUUUUGUAAUCUGUACCCACAGAUUACUAAACUGUGGGUACAGUAUAGUAAUCUGUACUAGGGCUGAACAAUAUUGGAAAAAACUUGCGACUUUUUGGGGGUUUGCGAUAUACUGCGAUUAUAUAUUGCAAUAUUAAAACUAGAAUUUUCAACAGAUGACUUGAAGAGUUUUAUUUGGUAAGACUGGUUGACCCAUCAUGACCACAUUUUAUUCAUAUAAUACAGUUUACCCCAGGCUAAAGGAAUUCAUCUAUGAAUUAUGAAGAUUGAUGUAUACAAAAGGGAUCCAGGAGGCCAAAUCUCUGCACACUUGCUGCUUUUAUGAAGCGAAACAAAAGUUUACGUGUUCCAAAAAAAAAAAAAAAAAAAAAUUUCACUUCCUGCGAUAGGACUAUUGCACAUAUUGCGAUGGUGAUGUUCAAACGAUAUAUUGUGCAGGCCUAAUCUGGACCCGUAUCCGUAAAAACUAGACGAAAUGAGUUUUGGUUGACUAAAACUAGCUGAAGACAAACACAGUCUGAAAUUACUAAAAUAUGACCAGUGUUGUUAAUUUUACUUUAAAAUAGUAAUUAAUUACAGUUACAAAUUACUUCUCCCAAAAAGUAAUUGCGUAAGUAACUCAGUUACCUGAAUGUAAGAGUAAUUAGUUACUUGGCAAAGUAACUAGUGAUUUUUUUUUUUUUCUCAAAAAAAAAAACAAGAAACAAAAAACAAACAAAAAAUAGGUCACACAAUGUGAAGUUUAAAGGAUUUGGGGGACAAUUGGCCCUACCCCAAUUCUUUACCCUCCACUUAACUAGACACAAGGGUAUUGCGAUAACUAGCUAGUAACCUUUGCUAUGUGUGGAAGUCAUUUAAAGUUGUGAAUCAACCGUUAAAGUUGUUAAAACUGCUCCCGUUAUUGCAUU